AUGACAAGCGUUUCGUCGACUAAACGCCACCCUAACAGCGGGAAUGGUGUUGGAUUACGUGGUGGCCGCGGGGGAAUGGAUUUACAGGGAAUGGGACCCGAAGUAAAGGCACGAUUGUUUCUGUUCGUUGCAUGUCUCUGGCCGCUUUGGGUCAUGGCCUUGUAUGGAGCCUCUGCGCGUGGUGUCGAUGUAGCUGGUCCCAAUGCUGCGAUGAAGACGUCGCGGAUGAUGAAAUUGAGGAAUGUAUUGGAUCGUGUCGAUAUCAUGGGUUACGGCCCAACACAUCCUCGAGUUGCCGUUAUAAUUGUCGGAGAUACUCGGGAGUCUUUGUUGCAAAGUGUGGAGUCCAUAUAUCGUACCACCGACAUGAACCGCCUCUUUUUGAUUUGCGCUGUCUUAGAUGGACAUGGAAAUGACUCCACUUUGCUGGCGGAACUCGACAAGAUCGAAAAAGGAAGUGUCCCACAUUGGCAUGGGCUUCGGCCAGAGAUUCAUAUUGGCAAGUCCCAUGAAGAACACUCCAAAAAGAUUCAUGUCCUCUUCAACCCUCACAAGCGAGGAGUCGCUGCAUCAAGGACUGACGCUGCUGAUUUCAUUAGCCUUUUGCAACACAAGCAUGAAUCGGCUGGAUUGAAGAGUCCUCAAGAGGACUUGAUCUUGCUUCUCUUAGAAGGAGGGACCCAGUUGACCGACAACGAAUGGCUUCCUGCAGUCACAACGUCUCUGAUUGUUCCCCCACCUCUAAUUCACACAGAGACCAAUGACGAUGCGACGGAAAAUAUUGCUAUGAAGCUAGCCAAUGCAGUUGCCUUGCGUUCGCAAGAUCACGGUGAACGCAUGGCCGCAGACGAGCAUUUGCAAUUGGUGCAAGAACCAGUCCCAGCUGCGCACAUGCAACAAUCUAGUGGACAAACAUAUCUUACUCCCGUAUGGAAUGGAGGUGGUCUUGCAUUACGACUUGAUACCUUCUUGAAUUUUCCAGCUCAGGAUGCAUCUUUGAGGGAUGCAUGGGCAGCCAAUUUGGACGUCACUAUGAACCUCUGGCUGUGUGGUGAUGGUAUAGACGUUGUUCAAGAAGCCUUGAUUACGCAACCGUUAGCACCUACCAAGAUAAAUGCUGAUCUUGCAGCUCGUUUUGCUGCUGUCUGGAUGGACGAUAAAAGUGCCCAAAAGUUCUUGCAAUGGUUCUCCCCUAGCACCAAAUCCUUGGAUUGGGAAACCAAGCUGACGCAUGCUCGGAACUCUCCAACGUUCCCAAAGAAGGUACAGUCUAGGUGUCGAUCAUUUGGAUGGUACGUGGAAGAAAUCAACACAGUCUUGAGCAAGAUCCUAACCGAAGAGCCACCCAAGCGAGACGAGGGAGAAGCGGACACCUCGAAUGAAUCGUCGUCCGAAGAUGCCCAAGCCGUGGCACGGAAAAUCUUUGGUGGUGCCAAGGCUGGUCGUCAGAAUGGAAGGCAAGAGGAGGAACACAAGGCACCACCAGCACAAGAAGAGUCCAGCAGUAGUAAAGACGAAGAUGGGCGAAAGAAACCCACCUUCCCAUUGAGAAAGAUAAAUCUUGAGAUUGUUCAAAAGGCCAAACCGAUUGAUAUCAAAUUCGUUGACGUAUCAGGCGGCCACAAGGAGCAUCCGCAUAUGGGAGCCAAUGAUGAGGAUGGAAAGAUAGGUUACAUUCACAACGAGGCAAUACUGCACAGAAAUCCCCCGACUUUCCACUUUGACAGUGAUAAAAAAGAACACAUGGCUUGCGCUCCUCGAGAUAACAACUGGAAGAUGAUGACGAAAAGAGUCAAGGUUGAAUCGGAAUAUGACCAAAAAAUGGAGAACAGCGGAGUUAAACGCGACAAAAUCUUCUGUCUUGUUUACACUACCGAAGAGAGUCACGGCAAGAUUCCAAAUAUUCGAGAAACUUGGGCAUCCAAAUGUGAUGGAUUCAUGGUAGGAAGCACAAAAACAAACAGUAGCUUGGGUACUGUGGACAUUCUUCACGAAGGCAAGGAGGAAUACGAAAACAUUUGGCAGAAAGUUCGAUCAAUGUGGAGCUACAUCUACGACAACUAUUACGAGAAGUACGAUUGGUUCCAUAUUGGAGGUGAUGAUCUCUUCAUGAUUGUUGAAAACUUCCGCUACUACCUCGAAAGUGAGGAAAUCAGGACAGCAGGAAAUGGUGGUAUGUACCUUCCAUUCGGGAACGAAACCAUGCAAACGCCUCUACUAUUAGGUCGUCGAUUCGCCUACAUGGGAGAUAUGAACAAUAUUUUCGAUUCUGGAGGUUCUGGCUAUACGAUGAACAAAGCUGCACUGAAAGCUCUUGUUGUGAACGGAUUCCCGAAUUAUUUUCCACACAUGCACACCUUUUCGGAGGAUACGAUGGUUGCUAGAGUCUUCCGAAAGAUGGGAGUAUAUCCAUAUGAUACAAAAGACGAUAAUGGAGGGGAGAGAUAUAUGCCCUUUAUGCCAGGGCAUCAUUGGAGCUACCAUUUGCCAAAGGAUCCUUCAAAAGAUUGGUACGCAAAGUAUUCAAUCGACAUUAAGGAAGGUCCAGAGCAUUCAUCCCCGCAGAGUAUUGCUUUCCACUAUGUCAAAGGUGACGACAUGAAACGGCUCUACGCUCUUGCAUACGGACUGUGCUCCGACGAGUACAAGUAA